CAGAAAAUUUAUCGUGAAUACGCGGUGAAGACGUACACGUGGAGCUAGAAUUAUAGUUUUAAACCUUGCUUGUUGUUCCACUCCGACAUGAGGCUACUUUUUUUGGGCCUCUUAAUUUUUUGUGUUUCAUCUGUUUUGCCCAAUUCCAUUGAAGGUAAUGGAGCCGAAGACAGUUUGACGGAUGUCUCGGUCAAGGAAGCAAAGGUAUGCAUCAUAUGCGUGACGACCGGUCAAAGCGAGGAAGAGGAAGAAACCAACCCAUCUGAAAUUGGCGGCAUCAGCCCGGACGAGGUAACAUCGAAUUUGGAAAGAAGGAAAAAAUGGAAGAAGAAGUGGUUGCACAGAAGAGAAAAAAAUCGUUUUAUCGAUCACCAUCAUCACCACCAUCAUCAUCAUCAUCACCAUCGUUGGAGUAAAAAAGCCAAGCGAAUUGAGGAACGCAGAAACCGUUUGGCGAGCGGUAACAAGAAAUUCUACUCCAAAAUCCAGUACAAGGAGCGUUCGUCCCAAACCGACCAAUUGAACGAUGCCAUGGAUAAGAUGCUCACGCUUUUUUCGCAAACAUUGAACAGCGGAAACUCCACAUUUCACUUAAGGUUAAGUAAACCUCAAGAAGAUUUGAAAGUAGCUCCAUGGAUGUUCGUUCAAUUCGACGGUAGCGCUGGUUCGGAAGAAAAAAGGAUCACUAGUGAAUCAGACAACGCCAACAAACUGGAAACACCCGAAGGCGAAACCGAUAGCGAUGUCGAUGAUAACGAAGAUGACGCAAACGCUGAAGGCGACUCUAAAGUAUCUACCGAUGCGGAGGAUGAAUCACAAACAUCAGCUGAGGUUAGCAACGCAAAGGAAGAAGCCAAUAAAGCUACAGACGAUGAUGAUGAUGAUGAUGAUGACGACGAUGAGGAAGAUGCAGUUAGCGAAACCUCUGCCAAUAUUACUUGCGUCGAGAACAACAAUUCAAAACGGUUUAAUCUAAUUUCAAAGCCAUUACCUGUUGUGCUAUCCGACGGUGCCACCGAAUAUUACGUGAAGUUGCUUAGCCAACAGGAAAUGCAAUGUACAAAUGGAUCGUCAGUAGAGCCAUCUGCAGGAUUACCGAAAGCUGAGGGUAAACACCAGAAGAUGAGCAGAAAGCUAAGGCGAGCUCACGCCCGACGUUACUCACGAAAAACCUUUACACGAGUAGAAGGUAUAGAAUUGAUUGAAAGAAGUGGCGAUGUCAUGAUCGGUUCGAGAGAGAAUUCAUCUGUCCAUGUCGUCGAUGUUCAGUUGCAAAUUGGCCCACUGACAUUCGUCAUGGGGAAAAAAGCUGUUUUUCCGUUUAAGAAAUCACGCGUUGCAUUUCCUGCAUUGAUGGCUCGCCUACGCCUAAAGGUUUUGAAUGGUCAGCUGAUGUCAGCAAGGUUCAAGCCUAAGAAAAUCCAACCAAGUGAAGCAAUUGUCAGCCUCCAACUGGGACAAGAUGAUGAAUUAACCGGCACUCAACAAGUAAUUGCCCAACUUGUAAGUUACCUCAGUCAAGAAACUACAAAUGCUUGGAACACCAAAUACCUUCUCCGUCGUCUCAAAGGCCGAUUUAAGCACCUCUACAUUGGUAAGGCAGGACACAAAAAACUUGAUUUCACCAAUGAAGACGCCAAGGUACUUGUCAAGCUGCUGCUCGAGUCCACUUCGGAUCAGAAACAGCCUUCAACAGAACACCCAUCGACAGAUGCUCCUGCAUUGAAUUUCGAAAAUCGUGAAGUUUUGUCGGAAGUAACAACAUCAAGGCCCCUAAUCCGCUAAUCCUACAAUUUUGCUACAAUCUUAAAACACUGUAACGAGCCAGUCAAUAAGUUUUUGAUUCACCAUUCCGUUUGUUAGUCAUUUAGAGCAGAAAUUCAUAAACACAAACAGAUGGAAGUGUUUUACUGUAGUUUGGAGCCAAUCGAAAAAUACAUGGUUUUCCUUUACA